GGAAGGGUAAGGGGCUCCCGAAAGCUGCCCGGGUCGAGCAGAUCCCUCCAGCCCAGGCUCUGGAUACUGUCCUAAUGGAAAACCAGGGAAACCCACCUUUCUUAUUUCAGGUGCACCAUCCUCCUCCCCACCCUGCCGUGCCUGGAUGCUUCGCUGUUACCUAGGCUUGACUUGGCGUGGCAGGAAAAUGCGGGUGUUGUAGGGUGAAAUCCGCAGUUUUGGUGGCUUGGAUUGGUGCGGGGAGAGCUCAAUGUAAAAUGGUUAUGUCUCUGUUUCAUUGCUAUCGAUUUUUAUUUCUUUUUCCCCUCCUUAAUGUAUUUUUAGCAACGUGAAUGUGGUGUGCAUUCGUCGUGUGCCAUACGUUUGGAGUAGCUAAAAUACAGUAGAUACAUGGAAAACCCCAGCAGCGUUUCCAUACACAGUGCAUCUGAAGCCUCAGUACUUUGCCUGGUUUAGUUAUUAAUAUUAAUUGCUCGAUCUUUUGUAAUUCAUAUCAUAUGGAAACUAAUUGCUGAAUUGAAGGCUUACCAAACCUCACAGUGCUCCAAAAAUCAUCUUUCUCGGUUAUCUGAAAAAUAAAUCUGCUGAACUUUUGUUAAGAGGAAAGGCCAACAUCGUUCUGAGAAUCCUCCACGUAAAGUUUCUUUUUUCAAGGCAAGCACUCUUGUAAAUAAGAAGUAGUAAAUACGGCUUUAGUCAGUGACUACUUAAGUCUAGUCUUAAGUAUGCUUAAGAUCAGCAAAUUUCUAGAGGAAAUGAAGCCUUCAACACAUCUUGUCUUCUUUCUAUCUACAAAGAGAGGGAGGAAACAAAAAAAAUCAUCCCUGAGACUGAUACCAAACAGAAAAUCAGUCGUUAUCCCAAAGAGUAACUUGGCCAAUGUAACCUGAAAACUUAUUAAAUUGUUAUUUUGCCCUUUUUUUCUUGGGGGGGGGGGGGGGGGGCGGGUCCUUGAGCUGUGGUCUCUUAAAUCAAUAUGAAGUGGGCGUGCUUUCUCCUCUGGUACUAGUUUAGCAACGGUGUAACUUCAUUAACUUUAAUGGAGUGAAUUUGCAUUAAUGUGAAAAGUAAUCAAGAAACCCAUGAUUUUAGAAGGCCCCUAUAGUAGUGACGUGACAAGCUCUGAUUCCUUCUCUCAUCAGACCCAAUUACGCCACCCUUACUCAUGCUGAGUGGUACUUUACUGCGCAAGUACUCCCUUCGAUGCUCGUAUGACUACUUGUGUACAACAGUACCGGUCCGGGUGAGGUAGAGUGGUGCUUAUUUUUUCAUAACUCUUUUUUAUUUUCCCCCUUCCCUUGAAAUAAGAAUAUAUUGGAUAACUACUUUUCUUGGGUGGCGAAGGAAACUUCUGAGGACUAAAUGUAAAGGUGCUCUAUUAAGUGACCGUACCAACCCCCUCCCCGUUUAAGGCUUAUGUGCUACCAGUGAAACAGACAGCGCCUGGUGCCGAGCUCUCACUCCCUCCCCCCAAGUCUUCGUGCUCUCCAGCAUCUCCGUUUGGCCUCAUUUUUGUGCUUCGGUGGUGCCUGCACAGCCCAAAUUAGCACCGAGGAUCCCGCGGAGGGGGGCGCCGCCUCCCUCGGCUCCCAGGUGAGCUCCCGGGGCGGGGGGCGGCAGGCAGCGCCCCGGCUUUCCUGCAUCCCUCCCCGCUCCGCUUGGCCCGACCGGGAGAUGGCUGGGGAAGGGGGGCUAUGACCGGUCCGACCCGGGGGGGAGGGCAGCGCGGCGGGGUCCUGGUCGGGGAUCGCAGGGAUACUUGUCAUAUUUGCGGUCGGGGCGCGCUGGCACCCGCCUUUGUGCCGGGCCAGCGCUCCCAGGGAACCCCCGCGGUCGGGGCACGGGUGGGCAGCGCAGGGAGCCGGGAGCAGAAGGAGGAGCAGCAGCAGCGGGGGAUGCGGGGGGAGGAAGGCCGGGGCCGAGGCGGGGCUUUAACGCGGGCCGGAGGGCGAGGAGCUCGCCGGAGCCGCCCCUGUCGUCAGUGCUGGCGGCAAGUGCUGGGAGCUGGGGCUGGUGCCUCCUCCCUCUCCUCCUCCUCCUCCAUUGUAUAAUGCUGCGUGAUCGCAGCCGCCGGGGGAGAGCGGAGGCUUAAAUCCUCACGCCGCCUGCGCCUGCCUCCUCCUCCUUUUCCUCCUUCUUCUCCUCCUCCUCCUCCUCGUUCUCCUCCGCAUCCCACCCGGCCCCUCCCCGGAGCGGCGCGGCGAGGGAGCGACAUAUGGAGCUGCUCUAGGGCGAGAGUUUGCGACCUCCCCUCCCCUCCAUGCGUUAGUUCUCAGGUGGAGCUGCAUGUGAUAUAUGUUGGGGAAAGGAGGAAAGCGGAAGUUUGACGAGCAUGAAGAUGGGUUGGAAGGCAAAGUGGUGUCUCCUACUGACGGUCCCUCUAAGGUGUCUUACACCUUACAGCGUCAGACUAUCUUCAACAUUUCCCUUAUGAAACUUUAUAACCACAGGCCAUUAACUGAGCCAAGCUUGCAAAAGACAGUUUUAAUUAACAACAUGUUGAGGCGAAUCCAGGAAGAACUCAAACAAGAAGGCAGCUUAAGGCCCGUGUUCGUGACCGCUUCGCAGCCUGCCGACCCUCUCAGCGACAACUUCCGUGAGGCGCAGCCGGCGUUCAGCCACCUCGCCUCCCAGCCCCUUCUCCCCACUGACUUCGUAAGCACUAUGCCCCUGGAGUCCUGCCUCACCCCAGCCUCUUUGCUCGAGGACGACACGUUUUGCACUUCCCCGACUGUCCAGCCCGAUGGUCCCACAAAACCACCACCUCCUGCUCUCCAACCAGUAAAGGACAGCUUCUCCUCAGCCUUGGACGAAAUCGAGGAGCUUUGUCCAGCACCUACCUCCGCAGAGGCAGUAGCAGCCCAAACAGCAGCCGAUGACUCUAAAGACCACCCCAGUGAGUCCAGUGUCCAAAAGCCAGAGGGCCUCCCGGAGAGCAGAACGGCUGAAUCCAAACUCAUGGACUCCCUUCCUGGCAACUUUGAGAUAACAGCUUCCACAGGGUUCCUCACGGACUUGACCCUGGAUGAUAUCCUGUUCGCUGACAUUGAUACGUCCAUGUAUGAUUUUGACCCCUGCACAUCUGCCACGGGGGCUGCCUCAAAAAUGGCUCCUGUCUCAGCAGAUGAGCUCCUAAAAACACUCGCUCCGUACAGCAGUCAACCAGUAACUCCAAAUCAGCCUUUCAAAAUGGACCUCACGGAACUGGAUCACAUCAUGGAGGUGCUCGUUGGGUCUUAAAGCAUAGAAAUAUAGCAAAUUUUUUUUUUUGUUGUUGUUUUAAUUAUUUUAAGUACCAAUAUAUACACUCGGUAGUAUUUCCAUAGUCCCACCCCCAAUUCACAGCACUGUGCAUGCGUCCUUGCUUGCCUUUUUGGAAGAGAAAAGGAUCACACUAGUUUUUGCUUCAAGCAGAGUUGGAGUGCCUUCAUCCAUGUCUGACCACUUCUAAUGUAUUUUUGUUAAAGUGGUUCCUCAAGGAAGACCGAAUAUCCUGGGAUAGGGAAGAAUAUCUAUUGUAGACAAUGGUAUGUUACUACAAAAAAAAAAGAUAAAAAAAUGGGAAAAAAACUAUGUCAAAGCUAAGCACAAGGAUUAUGUUGGGGAAAGCUGUAAAUUGCAUGUGCAUAUUUGUCUAUUUUUUCUAUAAGUUUUAUUGCAAGAGGUAAAGAAAAUUUUAUUAUUUAGAUAAUCUCAAUACCAUUUUAGCCCUGUCUAGGUUGACUUAGCAAUUCAGCCUUUUGGAGGCAUUAACCUGCUCCUCUUUAAGUGUUGCAUUUACAUGGCUGUUUAGAAACUGCUGCCCAAAUUUAUUUUAUAUUUUUGUACAGAUUCUGCAGUUUAUGAUAUUGUUUUUUCUAAAAAACAAAUGCUGUUUAUACACACAAAAAAAAUAGCUAUUUUGAUAGGAUUUGCUCACAUAGUUCCUGCAUAAUUCAGAUGUACAAGAACCACUUGUACUUUUAUACAGAGUUGUAAUGUUUUAUAUGUGUAUGGUGCAAAGAGAAAAUUGGAUCAAAUAAGCCUGCAGUCGGUUUCCCUGAAUGCAAACAAACAAAAAAGUGCUUUAAGAAAGGGCUGGGAGCUGCUUCUGUCGGAGUUUCACAAGUGUUUGCUCCCUGCUGUACCCACUGCGCACUACUGUGAUUCCUGAAACUCAGAGCCAUGUCCUUUUCCAACACAUAUGUGAAGCAGUUGGCAGGAAACAGUUGUGGAACUUCACCCGGAGAGGUCCUGAGCGCCACCACCGCGGCUCCAGCCUCCCCGCUUCGGUGUCCCCUUGCCGGGGCAUCCAGUCCAUCCCGCGUGACGUGGAGCGCCUUAACACAGCGGCGGAUCAGCACUUCCUCACCCGAAGGUGUGGAUGGAAUUCCUCACUCCUGGGAAUGAAUGGUUUUGAGGGGGAACGUGCCCAUUGCCCACCGAGAGCCAGCUCUCAACCUUCGUGACCGACGGGCGAAUGAGCGGAGCGGGCAGAAGACUGGCGUUGGCAGCAUCCACUCGCCCUAUCUUGGAGCAUUUCUCCUUCCCUCUCCCCACCUCACUGUGCUAAGUGCUGAAAAAGGCAACUUCAGUAUUACUGCAGUGAAGCUCAUCUCUUAACCUGCACUGGAUGGACUUGCUUCAAUAUCCAUUGCUGUUGAAACUGGAGCCAGUCGUGUUGCAUCACUUGGCAUCUCGCGUAGGGUUGGUUUCUUGUAUCAACUGUGUUACCUGCUUUACACUUUAUAGACCUGUUUUACAACGAAUAUACAGACACAGCUUUCUAUGCAUGGUCCCGUUCCCCCUAACACCUGAGAAGUCUUCUCAUUACUGCACCAAUAGCAUUUUUUAAGUUCAUUGUGGUGUACAUUUAAUUUAAAGACCUACGUUUGCAAUGUAUCAUGCCUAUUGCUGAAGUUGCUAUGGCAUUUUAGUUUUUCAAUGGUACUUUAGCUGUUGAGUGCCGGUUACAACCUGUAUUGUUGACAUGCCUAUGGCUUCUUUAGGAAUAACUUUUAUAUUUAUUUAAGAAAUUUUAAAUUAUGUUUUACGUCAUUUGGCAAUAUUCAGUCCAUUCUGCUCCCUUCUUGUCAUGGAUGAAAUUGGGUCUCGCCUGCCUUGUGAGGAGGCGGCUUUUUAUAAAUUGGCACUUUAAACCAGGCCAUAUGUAUUUAUUAGUCUGUAGAUAGAUAGAUGUAACUUAGAUGUGCGCACAGACACAGUGAGAGAGCAAGUACGGUUUGCAAUGAAGGAACUCCUAAUGGAAAUGCGUCAUCUACAAGUACAAAACGUGCUUCUGGCUCCUAGUUCAUCUGCCAGGGUGAGAUGUGGGGCUGUGGGAAAUAACUAAGGGGGUGGGUUUGCUUUCUUCUUUUUCCCAAGCUGAACUCAGUGGAGCAAUGGAUUUGAAGUAGUUUCCUUACAUAGACUUAAAAAAGAAAGUAAGCUAUUGUUUCAGCCAGAAAACCAUUGACCAAGUGUAGCUUUAGGGACCAUCAGAAAUGCGGGGUGGGAGGUGGGGGGGGCGGUUCCAUCUCACACACCGCAGCCCCUGUAGGAAAACAAAUGGCCCUGUUGGAUUCUGCACCUCCUGGAGCUGGAGUAACUGGGAAAACAUGGGCAGUGCUGUCAGUGCUACCACGUUUCCCAUGGUAACUUGGUAAGUGCUUGCCUUACCAUGGUUAAAAACUGAUCUGCAGUGUGCUGGAGCUGCCUGGUGGUUUUGGGAUUCCUUAUGCAUUUAAACAAAUAUCAUAUGCCAGGCAAAAGUUGACAUCAGUCCCAUUUUGGAGAGCUGUGCUGUCAAGUGGGGUUAGUUGGUUUUUGUAUCCAGAGGACAGGAGCCAAUCUCUGAAUCCUCUCUUCCACACAGAAGAUAAUGUCUGUGUAUCCUUGGUGCUGAAGCACAUGUCCUGUAGCAGAAUUCUUAGGGGAAUCCCAUAGGAUAUAAGCUAUGGGACUGGGCAAGAGGUUAGCAAGGUAGUGCAUGCUACAGCGGGAAAGGCUCAGCUGUGGUUUUGUCCCCAUGCAGUCACUUACUGUCUCUAGUGUGGCCUUUGCCAUGGUCCUAACAGCAGAACAGCAGCCACGUGUGGAGUUUCUCCACAGCAGGGAUGGACAUUGACAUUAAUGUGCAAUGAAGUGACAAGAUGGGAGCAGAAUAAAAGAGCUUUGGAUUUGAAGUGAUUUUUUUUCAUAAAUUAUUUAUUCCUUUUUUUUUUCCUUCUGUAAAUAUAUUUAUUUUAUUGUGAAGCUAACAACAUCUGGAUUGUAACAUGUACAGAAUGUAUGGUAGGAAUGUAUCCUCUUGUAGGAAUGUAAAUCUCUAUGGAAGAGGGUGUGGGAGCCAGAUUCAGAGAACAUGAAUUGAGUUCCAGUCAGGUUGCGUAUGGUUCAAUGCUAGUAUUUUUGUAACUCCCCCCACUCUUUCUAAUAUGGGUCUGGUUGUUUGAAAUAUGCAAAAAAAAAGGUAUGGAUGAGGGACAGUUUUAGGUUCAAAAUUCAUCCUAAUCAGGCUCCUACCCUGUCCACGCUGGCGGUGUCCACAAGCAGGAGGCAGGAGCUAACGCAUCAUCCCCGUCGUGCUGGCCUGGCUGAUGUUUGACAAAGGGGAAUCUCUUUCUGUCACUCACGGGAAGCCCAGCUGAAGUCCCCGGGGCUGGAGAACAUCACAGGAUGGCCCCUUUCAGCCCUGGAAGGGGUGACAGAGCCGCGACCACCUCAUUGCCAGAAGGCGAGGCCAGGCACGAAGCCAGGACCGCGCUGUGCACGUGCGGCAGAGGGUUCAAGCGACCUGCGCUGCCCCGUGAGUCCGACCAGCCCGUCCUUGGACACCGCAAGACCACGCAGCCCCGUAUGCAAAGGAAGGGGAACGUCCCUCUUCAAGAGACCGUCUUUGAGCAGCGUCAUAGAGAACUGCACCCACCAGUGGCGCCUUCCUUGCGGGCAGCGGGGAAAGCAUCGCGGUAAAGCCGCCGUCUGAAGCAAUCACUGCGAGAGUAAAUCUGGACCUUGUGAAAGGUAAUUUGGUUUUUCCUCGGUGCUGCGUGGCGACAGCCUGGGUUGUUUUAAACCAGUGUUUGAACCCCGAAGUUUGUGCUUUUAUCACCAUUAAAUUGAGUAAAUCGCGAUGGGUCCUGUCUGACAAACGGUUUAAUUCACUCCAGCACAUUGUGAGCUUCUUGUUCUUGUUACAGGGUUUCUUUCGGUUUGGUUUUGGUUUGGUUUUCUCCCCCCAUCAGGUUUCAGGAUCCUGCUUCUGUGCAAGUUGCUUUCAGUGCUUCUGUUAAUGAAUGAGACUGAACAGUUUUCAAGAAAUUAGUUCCUUUUAAGCACUUUUUCUUUUCUUUAUUAUUUCUUUCCCCCCUGAAAACUAAGCAAGUUCUGGAGCCUCUUGAGACACACCAAUUGCAGAUAAAAUCCCAACCUCAACUCCUAUCUAGUUCGGAGCGUUACCUGUACGAGCGCCUGGAAGGGCCAGGAUUCUGGAUAAAGUGUAAAUAGUGUGACAUGUUCAGUGCAUGGAUUUUUGAACAGGGCUUGUUAUUGUCAAAAAAAGAGAAAAAUAUAUAAAAAAAAAAGAAAAAAGGCUGUAUUUCCCCUUCCCCUCCCACAGACCUUAGAGCUGUGCCUUUUCUAUGCAAUAUUACAGACAUAUACAUCUGAAACCAGAUUACUGUAUUCACAUGUAGGUAUGGGCUGUAAUCAAAAAAAAACAAUUGGACAAAUGUACAUGGAAAUGAGCAGUCUUACUUUUGUAGUUUUAUAUUAUACAAUAAACAAUUAAAAUAAA